CUGAGACACACAGACGAAGAAGCGGCAGAGAGAAAGUGUGUGUGUUUGUGCGAGCGUCCGACUGUGAGAAUAAAAAAAUAAAAGAAACACUUGGGUGUAACAGUGUGAACGAGACACUGAGCCCAGAGCAGAGGAGACAGGAGCACAGUGAAGGAGGAGGAGGGUGAGAAAGAGUCAAAGAGAGACACCAGAGCGUGGAACAGGUUCUUCCUGCAGCACUCAGCCUCAGCAGACAUGCCUAACUUUGCUGGCACCUGGAAGAUGAAGAGGAGUGAGAAUUUUGAUGAACUUCUCAAAGCCCUGGGAGUGAACGCCAUGCUGAGGAAGGUGGCCGGGGCGGCGGCCUCCAACCCUCAUGUGGAGAUCCGUCAGAAUGGAGAGCAGUUCUACAUCAAAACAUCCACCACCGUUCGCACCACCGAGAUCAACUUCCACAUCGGUGAAGAGUUUGAUGAGGAGACGGUGGAUGGACGAAAGUGCAAGAGUCUCGCCACCUGGGAGUCAGAGAACAAGAUUCACUGUCAGCAGACCCUGGUGGACGGCGACGGCCCCAAAACCUACUGGACCCGAGAGCUGAACGGAGAUGAGCUCACACUGACUUUCGGGGCAGAUGACGUAGUGUGCACGCGAAUUUACGUCCGGGAGUGAAGCUCUGCAGCCUUCGUCAGGACGAGGCAGAAACCCGGGAUCGUUUAAACCUGGCAACACUCCGUCAUGCUAACAUGCUAACACAUUUGCAAAGUAUUCUGUGUAAUCUCUCAGCAUCAAUAUGCAUAGUCUCCAUGAACAAUAGCAGUGUCUCUGUAAUCUGGUCAUUUGUAGUGAGUAUUGUGUCUGCAGUACAGUAGCUGGAUAUCUCAGUGUCCAUAUCUACAACCCUGGUGUCAGCCGUUUACAUAGGAUUUAGUCAUCAGUUGCAUCAAUUGAGUGUUCAUGUACGAUGAGAGGAAACAAUAAAAAAAAAUGGUACAACUGGUU